CGGAAGGAGGAGAAUGAGCUUCUGUCGCUGCUGUGAAGAUUGAGCUUCACCCCAGACUGUAACUUCCUUCUUCUGUCUAACAUCUAGUAUUUGAAGAUAGAAGUUUCAAAUCAACAGAUGAAGGACUUAUGCCCAAAACAUCAACGCUCCUGCUCUCAGAUGCUGCCUGACCUGAUGUGCUUUUCCAGCACACUUCUCGACUCACUGUACAGCAUCUGCAAUCCUCGCUUUGACGUCAAUAUCUGACAGUCACUCAAUCCAUCAGGACCUCAGCAAUUUUCAACUUAGAAUCUGUGAGAAGGAGUAAAGCUUUUUGGUUCUGUUUCAGUAUAUUUUCAGCAUCAGUGGGACUGGAUGAGGGACCCUACUGUUGAACUGCAAUGAGUGUGGAGUAUGGAUGAGUGAUACGGCCUGGAAUGAGGAAAUCACGGCGGGGAGGGGCUAUACACAUGUUUGUGUGCAGGUGAAGCUUUGGCCAUGGAGAAUCCCGAGGAAUCUCGCCCUGUGGAGAAACCGUGGAAGUGUGGCGACUGUGGAAAAGGCUUCCGUGUCCCGUCUGCCCUGGAGAUUCAUCAGCGCAGUCACACCAGGGAGAGGCCAUUCUCUUGCACGGAGUGCAGGAAGGAUUUUACCCAGGCCUCCACCCUGCUGAGGCACCAGCAGGUCCACACGGGGGAGAGGCCAUUCUCCUGCCCCGAGUGCAGGAAGGGCUUUACCCAGGCCUCCUCCAUGCUGAGGCACCAGCGGCGCCACACGGGGGAGAGGCCAUUCAGGUGCCCCGAGUGUGAGAAGGGCUUUACCCGGGCCUCCAUCCUGCUGACUCACCAGCGGGUCCACACAGGAGAGAGGCCAUUCGCCUGUCCCGAAUGCGGAAAAGCCUUCAGCAAUUCCUCCCACCUUCUGACCCACCGGCGUGUCCACACGCAGGAGAGGCCCUUCAGCUGUCCCGAGUGUGGGAAGAGAUUCAGUCAAGUGGGCACCUUGCGGGAGCACCAGCUGCUCCACAUCGGGGAGAGGCCCUUCAGCUGCCCAGAGUGCUGGAAAGCUUUCAGCGAUUCCUCUGCCCUGCUGAGGCAUCAGCUGGUCCACACGCAGGAGUGGCCUUUCAGGUGUCCCGAGUGCGGGAAGGGCUUCAGCGAUUCCUCUAAUCUUCAGACCCACCGGCGGGUUCACACAGCGGAUAGGCCCUUCAGUUGCCUCAAGUGCGGGAAGGCCUUCACCUGCUCCUCCCUCCUGCGGAGGCACCAGCGAGUUCAUUUGCCAUCGCAGGGGUUUGAAGGAACGACGGCCUAGUGCCAUUAUCAACUGGACUCACAACCCAGUUCCGGCAAAUCCUGCCGCGGAAGAUGGCGGAAUUGGAAUUCGGUCAGAAACCUGGAGUUCAGUAUUUAACGAUGAAACCAUUUGUGGGGGCGAAGAAAACCAAAAUUCAGGAAUUCCUGAAGGAGGACUCAUGUCCGAAACAUUGACUCUCCUGCUCCUUGGAUGCUGCCUGACCUGCUGCACUUUUCCAGCAACACGUUUUCAACUCUGAUCUCCAGCAUCUGCAGUCCUCACUUUUUCUCCAGUUACAAAGGGACAACUAGGUGCUGACCAAUAGAAAGUGGGAGGAAGUGUGUGGGUUUUGACCUUGAGCUGUUUAAAAAAAUAUCAGUUCCUUUUUUCUAUACCAUUUUGCUGAGGGGAUCUGAAGCUGUAACGAAGUUGGGUCACAAUAAAGGUUACCUGAACUUACCAUCGGGCUCACGCAACACCAGGUUAUAGUCCAGCACAUUUAUUUUGAAGCACUAGCUUUCGGAGCGCUGCUCCUUCAUCAGGUAGCUGUUGAGCAGGAUCAUUACACACAGAUUUUAUAGCAAAGGAUCACAGUGUCAUGCAACUGAUCAGAUAUAUUGAACAAACAUAGAUUGCUGUUAAGUCUUUCAUCUUUUCGAAUGGGUUGCAGGUUUCCUUAAUGUAUAAAUCUCAGAAUUUCUUUUAAGUUACAAUCUCAUGAUGAUUUAAGGUUUUAUAAAAAUAGGUGACUUCUCAGCUCAGACAAUGCAUGUCAGAUGUGAGGUUUGAGUCUGUCUGUAUCCCAAUCUUGAAUCAGACUGGUAUCAUUUCUAAAGUAGGAAUUUAUAAAAUGCUACAUGGAUUGACUGCCUGCACUAACUGUCUGCAGAUUGUGUGCUUUUUG